AGUUCCUUGCAGUCUUUGCAGCUCUGGGUUCCACGCCUGCCCACUCUCAUGGGCGGAAAGGCUCCGGGCACCGCCACCCACAGCCUUGCCCAGGACUGAGUGGCUGCCGAACACUGGAAAACCACACUGAAACUCAUCAUGCCCAUCAAGCCUGUUGGGUGGAUAUGUGGGCAGGUGCUGAAGAACUUUUCUGGAAGAAUCGAGGGAAUCCAAAAAGUAAUCAUGGACCUUGUAGAUGAGUUUAAAGAUGAUUUCCCAGCCAUCCUCAGAAUGUCGCAGUCCAAUCAGAAAAGAGAGCCUGUGCAGAAAACAUCCAGAAUCCGAAUGGCGCUGGCGUUAGCUAGGAUCAAUCGGGGGACGUUGAUCCGAGGCCUGAGCAGCCUCUCCAGAUCCUCCAAGUCCCUGGCCAGGCUCCUGCAGCCUCAACUCACCUGCCGAAUUGUGGAGCUGAGAACGCUCGCCCGCCGGCUGCUGCGGGAGGUGAACCUGCCCCGGCAUCCCCUCUACCACACUCAGGCCCGGAACAGUUCUCUCUUUGAAAUCCUUUCCUUUCCAGCAAAGACAGCGCUAACCAGCAUAAUGUACGCCUCCUAUGCAGCCCUCAUUUAUCUGGCAGUCUGUGUUAACGCUGUGCUGGAGAAGGUGAAGACCAUUUUCCAAGAAGAAGAGUCCUUCAGGGAAACCAGAGAGCAAGAGGAACGUUCUAGAAGAGCCUUUUCCGAGCCCACACUCACAGAACCUGGGUUUUCUGAAAGUGGAAUCAAACUGAAACCUUACAGGUCACUGCCGGAGAAUCCAGACCACAUCGCACCUCGCCCCAAGCUUCCUGCUAGCAAGCAGAAUAACAAGAUCCAGGUCUUACAUUCGGUGUUCGACCAGGCGGCUGAACUGGACGAGUGAGCUGGUCUGAGCAAAGAUACCCCUCCGCAGAGCCCAGGGCUUGUCCAUCGAGUGGCACCCUUCACCUGCCGGAACUCCAAGGUGGGUCUGCAUUCACUGAGUGCUCUCCCAUUUACCACGAGAGGCUGGGGAGCGGGAAGAGCAUCAUUCUCUAGUGUUUAUAUAGUAGAGAAAAUAAACUGAAGUUGAUGCAGAAUA